GUUUCUCACCGGUGAAAAGCUAAAGCAAGUGGUUCUGUAAACUAAGAUGGAAAAUAUGCACGUUCUCAUCGCGAAACAUAUAUGCUUCAAUUCUGUAGUAGCAAGAUCGAGUUACAACACAAUGAAUAUUAAUUCCGAGAAUACACUCAGUGGACUUACAGGCAAUGGACCUAGUGAAUCGAUACGAUUCACGUUAUUUAUUCUUAUUGUUUCUAAAUAUUUUGUUCCAACUGUUGUUCCAAUUCACUAUAAAUUUCGUCGGUUAGUUGGUGUUUAUCUAUGGUGUGAUAGAGGAAAAAAAGAUGAAUGGACAAUAAAAUGGGGCAUGGAUAUGAACAAACACUUACCUACGGAAAAUGCUAACUGUUCUGAAACUAAAUUCUAUCGUGGUCAACAAAUUACUGAAAGUGAAUUUGAUCGUAUACGAACUUUAAAUGGUGAAUACUUAUCAAUAAAUUCAUUUUUUUCAAGGAGUAAAAGUCGUGAUGUUGCACUGAUAUAUGCAAGUAUAUUGGAUUAUGAUAAUAUUGUACCGAUUCUAUUUGAGAUUAAUAUUGAUCGAAAUGUUAAAAGUACAAAACCGUAUGCUGACAUUCAGCGAUUGAGUUUUUUUCAUGAUGAAGAGGAAAUAUUAUUUAUGGUGGGAAAGGUAAAUUCAAAAUUGACUUAUAUACGAUCAAAUGUAAAUGAUAGUGAUGAUCUUGGAACCCGUGCGCACAAGUUCAUAGAGAAUAACAGAGAUGAAUUAGCUAUUGUUAGUUAUUUAAGGGCAUUAUAUAUACAAGUCAAACAAUUGCCACAAGAUCAUCCAGAUAUUGCUAGAAUAUUAUUUAAUAUGGCACAUUGUUUUGUUACAUUAAAAAAUUAUGGAAAUGGAUUGCAGUUUAUAACAGAACCAUUAGAUAUACGUCGUAAAUCAUUGUCGUCUAAUCAUCGUGAUUUAGCAUUGAUAGAACUAUCAGCCUACAACAUCAUUCAACUCAAGCACAAGAAAGGCAAGUGUAAUUGUGAUGCUGAUCUUAUGUCCCGAUAUCCAGUAGAGCCGGCUGAUGAAUAUGGUGAUCAAGUGACAAGAAUUG